CAAACUGCCGAUCCUCACCCAGUCAGAUGCUUUAACACGAAAGUUAAUGAAAGUUAAUAUUUUUCAUAACGACAAACACACCGACAAGUCCGUGUUGGUGUCAGUUAUCAAAGUUAACUGCGGCGUUAAAGUGUAGCGUUAAAUAAGGCAGCAGCAGUCGUUGUUUACUAACUUGUAGUCCCAGUGUUAUACUGUUAUGCUAGCUAGUUAAUAACACUACCACGGCAUUUCUGCUUAGACGCGAAUGGAGGUGGCUGCCAAAGGAAAGGCAAAAAGGAGACACCUAAACACAGAGGAGUGUGAUGAACUGGGACGGAGUACAGAGAGCACUAAUGCCCUUACCCGGCCCCACUUCUCGAACCAGGGCCAUGGCAGCCGCGACCCCAACAGGGGGCUUUACCCCAAGAUACCCACCAAGCGAUGGAAGUUCGUACCAUCAGUAUCUACCUCAGGACGUCCUGUUGGCCAGCAAAAGGGCAUUAUCGACUUCUUCUCUGUGGCAGGAGUCCUCAGGUCCAGUCCACAGAAAUCCACCAAGCCUUGCUCCUCCAUAUGCACAAAUAGACUCCAUGGAGAGGAGGUUGACGAUGCCAGCCUGUUAGCUGCUGCUAUGGUGUCAGACCCUCAGGCAGAGGAAGAGGAGGAGGUUGAUGAUGCCAGCCUGUUAGCUGCUGCAAUGGUGACAGCAUCUCAGAUGGAGGAGGAAGAGGAGGAGGUUGACGAUGCCAGCCUGUUAGCCGCUGCAAUGGUGACAGCAUCUCAGAUGGAGGAGGAAGAGGAGGAGGUUGACGAUGCCAGCCUGUUAGCUGCUGCAAUGGUGCCAGAACCUGAGGCAAAGGAGGACGAGAUGGUGGAUUAUUUGGAGGGAAUGACGGCAGAGAUGUUUGGGGUUGAUGAUGAAUUUGAUCGAUGUGACAGUGACAUUCACAACGAGGAAGAGGAGGUGGAGGCCCUCCCUGAUGCCCACUAUGGGCUCCUAGGCAUCAGCAGCGUCCUGCUGCAGCCCCAGGGCUGCAUGGAUGACCUUCCAGAGGAGGUGCUGAUCGAGAUACUAAGCCUUCUCCCUGCCCAGGACCUCUACCGCAGUGCCAGCCUCGUCUGCCAUCACUGGUGGAACAUUAUCCAGGACGCCAAGUUUGUGCCCUUGAAGAAACGAUACUAUCGCUACAUGAUGAGAGAGAAGGAUACAGUGCAAGAGGUCGUCUCCAUCCUGAAGCAUAGCGGCAUAACAGAUCCAGCAUCAGCACAGCACAGCAUACGAAACCUCGUUGUUUUAAUGGCUCAGCAUAAGGUCGGUGAGUUGGUGAGGCCGUGGGACGUUCUGGAGUGUGUUAAGAAGCACCGCCUGUUUCCUCAGGCUGAGGCCUCCAUCACAUUACGUAUUCCUGAUAUUCAGAAGAACUUUAACCUUGGCACUGAGGGUCCCAACCCAUACGCAGCCAUGGCUGUCAUACUGAUCCUGAGUGAGAGCGUUGGUGACGUGCAGGCCUUGGUCUCUCUGCUCACCAGCUGCAUGUCGCACACCGCCAUCACAGAGUACCUCAACCACAUGGCCAUGAUGUUGCUGGCUUUGAAGAGGAGUAACAUCCAGAUUAGUAACAGGUUGCAUUACAACAUUUAUUAUGUACUUCACCUGAUGGAGAACGGUCCCUUUUCUGUCAGCUCAGGUCAGAGCAGGCAGCCUCAGAUUCAGCUCACCCAUGAGCAGCAGCAGAUCCUCAGCCACAACAUCCAGGGAGACCAUGUUGUCAAGAUCAUAGCUUUUGCAGGUACGGGAAAGACGACCACGCUGGUGAAGUAUGCUGAGCAGCGUCCAGACCUCCGCUUUCUGUAUGUGGCCUUCAAUAAGUCGGUGGCUAACGAGGCAAAGCGCCGCUUCCCCAGGAACGUGGACUGCAAGACUGUGCACUCGAUGGCCUUCAGAGAUGUCGGGCGGAGGUACUGUUCUCAAAAGAAGCUGACCUCCAGCCUGAAGCCAUUUGCCAUCAGCUCUGUUCUGCCUAAAGGCCGAGGUGGCUUUACCAAGGCCAAAGUGGUAACCAGGACUCUCAAUGCCUUCAUGGCUUCAACGGACCAGACCAUCACUACCAGACACGUCCCCAGCACCCACAUAACUAAUAAUGGCAAUAGGGUGGUUAUAGAUGAUGGCGAGAAGCAGUUGGUUGUCCGUGACGCCCAGCAGAUCUGGAUCAAAAUGAAGGAUAUCAAUGAAAAAACAGAGGACGCCUACUACAUGACCCAUGAUGGUUACCUUAAGUUAUGGCAGCUCCGAAACCCCAAACCCCGCCUGUCUGAUCAAUACGAUGUUAUUUUCAUUGAUGAGGCUCAGGACUGCACUCCAGCCAUCAUGGAUGUGCUGCUGUCUCAGCGGUGUGGGCGAAUCCUGGUUGGAGAUCCUCAUCAGCAGAUCUACACCUUCAAAGGAGCCGUCAAUGCCUUGCACGUUGUAGACCACACACACAUCUAUUACCUGACACAGAGCUUUAGGUUUGGAGCUGAGAUCGCCUAUGUGGGUGCUACCAUCCUGGAAGUGUGCAAGAAAGUGCAGAAGAUUCUUGUAGGAGGAAAACAGAAGGGAGGAGUGUGUGACGAAACUGCGGUCAGAGUUUCGGAGAGUCUGAGGACGGGUGUGAGUCAUUGCCGGGGGAAGGCGGCAAUCUUGGCGAGAUGCAAUGUCACUGUGUUCAAUGUUGCCGUCCAGCUGACAGACGCCAACCCAAACUGUCGGAUCCACUUCAUAGGAGGUGUCCAAAAUAUCGGCCUGAAUCGGAUCCUGGACAUCUGGCAGCUGAUGAAGAUGGCAGGGCAGGCGACCGACGGGCCAGAACAACCAAAAUUCAUCAAAGACCCCCUUAUUCGCUCCUUCGCAAAGAAAUCAAAUGAAAAUGGCUUCUGGGCCCUGAAGACGUACGUCUCACAGACCGAGGACUUGGAGCUGUGGGCCAAACUCAGCAUCGUUGAAAAAUAUGAAAGUCGAAUCCCCAACCUGGUGAAGCGCCUGGACAGCUGCUUCGAACAUGACUUUCACAACGCAGACUUCAUAGUUGGAACAGUCCACAAGGCUAAAGGUCUGGAGUUCGACUCUGUGAUGGUCACAGGUGACUUUGUUAAGGUUCCCUUUUCCGGGCACAACCUGCACCGCAGUCCCGACUUCUCAUUUGCUGAUAUUCCUGAUGAUGAAUGGAACCUGUUGUACGUGGCGGUGACUCGUGCCAAGACCUCCCUGAUCAUCACUAAGGACGUCUGCCGCAUCCUAACAGUGGCUGGGGAAUACUUCCUGAAGUCGGAGAUGCCCAACUCCCUGAUGAAGGUGGGCGAGCCUCUCCCGUGCUCCGUCCCAAACUGUCCCAACUGCAUCACACCAGGCUCAGCGUUCAUCAUGUGCAAACAACAGAUGAAAUGUAGCGAUGGUGUGUCAGAGGGCGGCCCACUCUGCGAGAGGUGUGUGUGGACACGCAUCGGGCCAACAGCGUUCCUCAUGACUGACGACAUCCUCUCCAUGGCUGAAAUACCAGAAAGACUCGCCCCCCUGGACCAACACGCUUUCUAAACCCAGCUUGUUUUCCAGAACUCAAAAUGAAACUGUUAGUGGCCUUAAAUGCACCAACCAGGACAUGAACAGCCAGCAAUAACAGGUGCUCGAUCAUCCACUUUUCUUUUGAACAGACAAAACAUCUGAUUGUUUGAUGUGUCAGUUUUUUUGUAUAUAUAUAUAUGUGUGUGUAUAGUUAUUUUUAUCUGUGAAAUAAAAGGGAUUUGAUGUUG